AUGCAAACUUCCUUCUUUGAUCAGCAGAGGGUGGAGAGCGAGAAAGCGCGCAAAGCCGCGGGCCCGGCCGGGCGCCCUUGGCGGCUCCGCCCCUUCCGGAAGGAGCCGCGGGGACCAGGCCUCCUGCACCUUGACCCGUCUAGACGCCGCACGAGGUUUUGUCUUGGUUUCCAAGGACGCGGGGUGCUCUUUGACCCGCGCCCGGGGCGGAGGUGGUGGCACGGAGCCCGGCGCGCCCCGGCAGGUCCCGGAGGGAGAGGGGCGCCCGGGACGCGCGCCAGCUGUUCCCAGAGCAAACCGAGGCCUGUGAGGGGCGUCCCGGGUCCCGCUAUCUACGACCACCACGGCAUAGACCCGGCACUGCCGCUGCGAGAUGCCCGGAAGGCGAGGGGGGCAGCGCGACUUGGGAUGGGCAGAAGCGUGGCUUCCGUUCCCCUGGCCCAGUCCGAGGCGUUCCUCGUCGAUCUUUUGGAUAAAGUGUGUAUGCGAAUGAACGAUUACCAGCUGGAGGACGACCCAGUGACCAAGCAGAAGUAUUUCAGGAGAUACGCUCCUAGAAAGGGAGACAAAAUAUACAAAGAAUAUAAAAAGUUCUUCUUUUAUUCUGAUGCCUUCAAACCUUUGAAAUUCGCGUGCGAAGCCAUCAUUGAAAAGUAUGAGGAUGAGAUAUUCGCACUUAUCGCCCAGGAGGCACACCAUCUAGCUGACAUGCUGUGCAGUGAAAAAUCAGAUCUGUGUGGUACUCCAGUCAAUCGUCCUGAACCCUAGGAGUGAGGAGUGGAGUCACAGUCCCAGAGGUCACUGUGCACCUCACAUCGUGCGACGGCCAUGAUAAGGAAUUUCAUCUCAUGUCUACUGUACUUGUCUCAUGCGUGAUAUUGGUUUGAAAAUCUCUGACUUGGCAUCAUGACAAACUCCAAGUCUUCUCUUAGGUGAAAAGAAGUUUAUAAAACUGAACACCCCUUUGCAUAUUUGGAUGGAAGCUGGGUUGGCAAUAGAGCAUUAAAUUUAGCCGUGGGAAAAAAGGUGAAGCCAUUUCUUAAGUCAGUAGGGAUUUAAGAGUGGGUACGAGUGUUUCAUAGCAAAUGUCUCUGACACAUCCAUCUGCGAUUUGCUAUUUGGAAAGAACUUGGUUUGAUUUCUCAAAUAUUUGAUUGACCACAAAUUCAAGGCAUUCAGUUGCAACUAAUGCCAUGGGUUGGUUAUUCUGGGAGGUUCUGUACGGUACUUGUAAAGUCACUCCUCUCAAUCAGGAGUAGGUCUUACAGAUCUGGAGAUUCUUAAUUUUUAGAACUUUAUCCCUUAGAUUCAG